AUGCAAUCUGAUUGCCUACUUCAUUGUCGAACUUCACUUGAGUAUCAAAAUCGUCUUACUGGCUUGUCCACCAGUUGUGCCCCUUCACCACGUACAGUUGCUCGUUCAUCAUCAUCGUCCUUAUUAAGAAAAGGCGGUCGGAAUACAUAUAAUCGAUAUCAUGCAAAUGGUUCCAAUAAUAAUGCCGGAAUCAAUUCAUCAGAUGAGGGAUUCGAUAGAUUAUUUUACAAACCUCGUCGUAGUCAACCAGUUGUACAUCCAGCAAGUGAAAUACCAUUUUGUGAAAAUUGUCGUGUUAUGGAUGAAGAAAUGUCAAAAGAAUAUGAUUCAGUGACUGGAUCACCUGUAAAUAAUGAUAAUAAUAAUCAUCAUCUACCUGAAGAAAUGAUUCAUGAUGAUGAAGAAGAAUCAAGAUCAUGGGUUAUGCGAAUGCCUGUUGGUCCAUGGUGGUGUGAAGAUUGCCAAGAGUCAGUGACAUCAAGUAAUUUAACUAUAUCACAAUUAUUUGCUAUUUUACGUCAAUGGACACCUUAUGCACAGUUACAAUUAAUUACAAUAGUUGAAGAGAUAUUUAGACGUGGUGCUCAUGUUGAUGAUCGUGACGGUUUAAGUGACAUGACUUUAUUACAUUUUACUGCAAAAUCCGGUGCAUUAGGCGAUGAACAAGCUUCGUGUCGUAUUGCUAAUUAUUUAUUAGAUGAAGGUGCUAAUCUCGAAGCUCGUUGUAAAUGGACUGAUAUGACACCGUUACAUUACGCAGCUUAUUUUGAUUGUCCAUUAUUAGCUGAUUUAUUAAUAAAUCGUGGUGCAUGUAUAUCAGCGAGAACAUGUUUGAUUGAUCAUUCUACAGCGUUACAUUUAGCUGCUAGUCAAUUAUCAUUAGGUACUGCACGUAUAUUAAUACAAGCAGCUGAUUUUUCUGUUACAAAAACUGGACAACGAUAUGAUGCUAAAGAUGCAAAAGAUGGUUAUGGACGUACACCAUAUGAAUGUCUACCGCCUUCAGGUCAACUUCCAGAACCUCUGUGUACACUACGAGAUUUAUUGGCUGAAUUACUUCGUCCAACAUCUGCACAACAAACUGAAGAUAUUGACAUUGAAAAAAGAAUCAUUCAAGCCACUUCAAAUGAAUAUUCAACAAAUAAUCGAAAUGAACAUAUUACUAACAAUUAUGUGAAUAAUCAAAAUUUACCAACUGAGAAUUCUCAUUCACAACAAUCUACAUGUAGUGGAGUUGAUUGGUUAGUUGCUGAAUCUGGUUUUUUAUCACCUCGUACUAAACGUUCACCAACCAACAUUCAACAACAACCAAAUAUUAAUAAUGAUACGAAAAGUCCUACAACAAGUCAAUCGAAGAAAUUUACCGUCUCUGCAAAAGUUACGCUACAAUCUAUGGGUUUAGCUUUAGGCGAUCGUGUUUGUAUUGCACCAGGUAAUUCUACACCAUCAUCAUCAUCAUCAUCAGCUAUACCGAUCAGUAGUAAGAAUCAGUCACCGUUAACAACGACGGGUAUUUCUGGUAGAAUUGGUAAACUACGUUAUUGUGGAUCAGUUUCAUUUGGUUCCGGUAUAUGGGUUGGUGUGGAGUUAGAUGAACCAGUUGGUAGAAAUAAUGGUAGUGUAGCAGGAAUUCAAUAUUUCUCUUGCCCUAAUCAACAUGGUAUAUUUGCUCCAAUUGGACGAGUUUAUAAAACUGUAAAUAUUGAUGGUAAACAAAAUUGGCAUCCAGUUACUUCAUCUACCAAUACUACUAAUUCUACUAUUGUUAAUAGACGUUCUAAUAAUUCAUUGAAUACAUCAAUUACUUCUAAGAAGUUGAAUAAUUUAAAAGAAGACAAUCGUAGUAAUAGUAGUAGUAAUAGUAGUGGUAGUACAAGUGGUAAUAAUACACCUAAAAAACGUUUACCUUCAUCAAGAUCCAGUUAUGCAAUUAGUUCAACAACAAUAACAUCAAUACCGGUGUCAACAGAUACUUCACUAAUAGAUCAUCAUAAACAUCCGACAACUGUAUCAUCACAAUUAAGUCGUACACCAACACCACCGUCAACUUUACAAUCACCUGGUAAUUUUUCACAUGUUACAGCAAAAAUUGAUACUGGAUUACGAGUUCGUUCACGGGAUAUCAGUCGAACUGGUCAACGUAGAGGUGUUUUACGUUUUAUCGGACAAACGCAAUUUGCUCCAGGUAUCUGGUAUGGUAUUGAAUUAGAACAAGCUGUUGGUAAAAAUAAUGGUUCUAUCAAUGGGAUACGUUAUUUUGAUUGUGCUGCCGGUCAUGGAAUAUUGGCACCGAUUAGUCGUAUACAGAAAUUGCCUACAAAACCAAAUACACCAAACUUAAAUAAACUAACGGAUAAUCCAACAAUGAUGACUACAUCAUAUCAUUCAGAACAAGUUGAUGGAGUAGCAAGUAGAUCAUGGUGUUGUCGUCGCACACAAUGGUCUAGUACCACAUCACCAAUGAUUGGACGUGCUGUAAUUGGUCGACCACAGCUACCAACAGAAUUAGUCAAUGCAUUGAAAGCUGUUGGACGUGUACCAGUUGAGUCAGUCGAAGAACCAGUGUUUUAUUUAACAGAAGGAAUGCAAGUUCUAUGUGCUGGAGAAAUUGGUAUUGUUCGAUACAUUGGACCAAUUACAUUUGCUGAAGUUCGACCAGCUCGUAUGUUUUGUCAUGGUAUAAAUGCUGUUAAUCUUCUUCCACCUGCUUUAGCCGAAUUAGAACGUCAACUAGCUAUUAAGCGUCAGGAGUCGACAAACAGUUGUAAUAGUGGUAGUAGUAGAGUAUCUUCAGCAAAUUCAAUUAACUCUGAUAAUGAACAAUCUUCAAAGAUUUCGGUAUAA